AUUUUCGAAACUUUCAUAGUACUUUUUUUAUAUUAGUGCACGUAUACAUUUGAAAAACAAAAUUAAAAUAUUUUUAUAAUUUCCUAAAUCGAUGCUUAAAUUCUAAAAUAAGAAAAGUACAUUUUUAUUAUAAUAUAUGUACUACUACGACUUCAUUUUCUCUUUCAGAAGACAAAUCUCUGUUCUUUUUUUUUUCUUCAUUUCUAUGGAGAAAAAAAAAUCUCUAUAAUAAUCUCCAAAACCCUAAACUGAAUUUGUUUUCUCUCUACCUUUUCUUUCGUGAACGAAAUUGUUAUGUUGUUUUGCGUAAAGAAUACGUAAAAUUGUUCUUUUAUUUUAUUUUUUUUAAUAGAAAAAAUGGGUUCUGUUAUACCAAUGGAAGGUGUUAAUUUGUCUGUUGAACCAAAAACUACAAGUGGUACGACGAUGAUUUUGCCGAAAACUGAACCAGUUGACGAAUUUACCCCUGAAUCAACAAACCCUAAUGGUAUGAGUUUUGAAAAUCGAAGUGAUUCGGGAGGGGUACAUUCGGAAUAUAAUAGAAUAUCGGAGCUAUUUAGAAAUGCGUUUGGGGAGAAGGCGGGAGAGAGAAGGGAAGAGGAUGUUGUUGUUGGGGACUAUGAGGAUCCGGAUUGUAGAGCGCUUGUUGCUGUUGAUAAUGAUGACAAGGUUUCAGAUAUUGUAAUUGCAAGAAGGAAGUAUGAGAAGCGGUCAUCGGAGUUGGUGAGAGUGACAGAUCUUAAACCGGAGGAUGAAACAUAUUUUCGGGACCUGAUUCGGAGAACGCGAAUGCUUUAUGAUUCUUUACGAAUUUAUAUAAGUUUAGAGGAUGAAAACAACCAACAUUUGGGUCCUGGUAGACAGACCAGAGCAAGGGGGGACUUGAAGGCAGCACAAAUGAUGAGGGAACAUGGACUCUGGCUGAAUCGUGAUAAGCGCACUGUUGGUGCAAUUCCAGGAGUGCUUGUUGGUGACGUGUUCUUAUAUAGAAUGGAGCUUUGUGUGGUAGGAUUACAUGGGACGCCUCAAGCUGGGAUUGAUUAUCUUCCUGCUAACCAGAGCUCAAAUGGGGAGCCAAUUGCCACAAGUGUAAUUGCUUCCGGGGGUUACGAGGAUGAUGAAGAUGCUGGGGAUGUGAUUAUAUAUACAGGGCAAGGUGGACAGGAUAAGCACUCACGACAAAUUGUGCAUCAAAAAUUAGAAGGUGGGAAUUUGGCAUUGGAGAGGAGCAUGCACUAUGGAGUUGAGGUGAGGGUAAUUCGUGGCUUUAAAUAUGCAGGUAGUUCUAGUGGUAAAGUGUACGUGUAUGAUGGAUUGUAUAGAAUCUCGGAAUCUUGGUUUGAUGUGGGUAGGUCUGGAUUUGGAGUGUACAAAUAUAAGCUUGUUAGGAUUGAGAAUCAGCCAGACAUGGGGAGUGCUGUUCUUAGAUUUGCAGAGAGUCUUAGGGACAGACCGUUGGAGGUAAGGCCCAUGGGAUACAUUUCUCUUGAUAUAUCAUUUAGGAAGGAAAAUGUUCCUGUAUUUUUGUACAAUGAUAUUGAUAAUGAUCGUGAUCCGGCUUGUUUUGACUAUCUGUUGAAGACUCUAUUUCCUCCAUAUGUCUAUCAGCAUGUGGGAAAUGGUUCUGGUUGUGAGUGCGCUGAUGGAUGUGGGAAUAAUUGCUUUUGUGCAAUGAAAAAUGGUGGACACCUUGCAUAUGAUAUCAAUGGGAUCUUGUUGAGAGGAAAGCCAGUUGUUUUUGAAUGUGGACCACAUUGUUCAUGUCCUCCAACUUGUCGGAAUCGAGUUAGCCAGAAAGGUGUGAGGAACAGGUUUGAAGUGUUUCGGUCUAGGGAGACUGGUUGGGGGGUUAGGUCGUUGGACCUCAUCCUAGCAGGAUCUUUUAUUUGUGAAUAUACUGGUGUUGUGCUUACUCAAGAGCAAGCUCAAAUAUUUACAAUGAACGGUGAUAGUUUAAUCUAUCCAAGUAAUUUUGCCGAGAGAUGGGCGGAAUGGGGAGAUUUGUCCCAAAUCGAUUCUAAUUAUGUCCGACCAGCAUACCCCUCCAUUCCUCCUUUGGAUUUUGCGAUGGAUGUUUCUAGAAUGAGGAAUUUAGCCUGUUACAUGAGUCACAGUUCAAGCCCCAAUGUUCUAGUACAGCCCGUAUUGUAUGAUCAUAAUAAUGUAUCUUUCCCUCACCUCAUGCUCUUUGCGAUGGAGAAUAUCCCUCCCCUUAGGGAGCUUAGCAUUGAUUAUGGAAUGCCUGAUGAUUCCACAGCGAAGCUUGCCAUCUGCAAUUGACUACCUCAUAGGAAUUGGUGCAGUUUUGAAUGUGAUGCAGCAAAGCUAUUUUUGGACAUCAUAUACUUAGAUGAAGGGCAGCCUGAUUCCUUUGGUCGAUAAUACUUGCAAUCUUGACGACAGAAGCUGCUAGUCCAUACAACCAGAUUUCAUGGUGUGUUCACUGUUGAAGACUAGCUGAGAAUAUAGAAGAAAGCUUCUUGCAGCAACAUCCUGCAGUAUGAACUCCUUUCACCAACGUAAUCUCAUUAGGAAAAACUAACUCGGGAGUAAUAUUCUUCCCCAUUAUAAGAACUCGUGUUAUAGUUUCAGCUACUUGUUUGUGUGUCUCAUUCUCGAAAAGAAAAAAAAUGUGUUAGCUUGUAAAAUGUACAGAAAUUGUAUCGUCCUAUGCGUUGGGUAGUUGUAAUCUAGAUCAAAUGUCUUUUGUCA